UGAAUAUUCCAUUCAUCCUAAACAAGUUGGUGGUCACUCCAUUCGACAGACAGCGCGAGGUCGCGGGUUCACUCCACUUCCAGCUACGCCGCUCUCUUUUGUUCUUUUAGCACCGUCACGUAUUAGCUUGUUUCUGAAAUCAAAUGCAAGACGUGUUUCUGUAUCAUGAAUGAUGAGUGUUAUACUCACGUGUGAAUUUUCAUGAGCAAAUAACAUCUGUGGUAUUUUAGGCAAGAAGAUAAAAUUGAUGCUAUAAAAAAGACCAUUGUUUCACGUAAUUUGAAGGCCCGGAAUUUUUUUCUUCGCUAAGAUACUAUAGUGGUCAUUUCUUGGUGAAACUUCACAUGUGAGUAGAAUAGUCGACUAGAGUUUUGGUAACCUAAAAUUUUAUAAUUGUUGGAUUUUUUGGAUAUCAUUUUUUUAUUUACUAAUUAUAUUGGGUGCUUGUGAAAGUUGAUCAUUGUAUUUUGAUCAAAACACCCACCUGUUGUCAAACGGUCUUUCGCUAAAUAAGGAAAUUCUGACAAUAUAAUGUGUGUGAACAGUUGUAACUUGUAAACAACCGUCAGCAGUGUGGACAUGCUUACUCCUGUUUUCCAUCGAGGCAUAUGCACACUCCCUCUCCCGUUUUCCACACCUCCGUUCCCACCACAAGAACGUGUCCAGCAACUCGUCCUUUAAAAAUUACGCGCGGUGAUACACUUUCUAUAAAAGGCACGGCAUCAGACUACCUUAAACACAUCACUGAGAAUAGCUCAACCAGACAGCACACGAACGCAAAAACUUUCUCGCGACACCGACCUGACCACGUAUGUACGGUACGUCACAGCUGAGCAACACGAGUGCACGUCAUGGUGCCGAGGCUGGAGCGCGGGGGCGGCGGGUUCCAGCUCCCGAACGCCGAGCAGGAGAACUCCCUCUUCCUCCGCGCACUCAUCUCCGUCGUGUCUGCAGACACAGACACCGUCGUCCCUACGCUGCACCUUGAGCCUUCAACGCCGCCCUUUGCUGCUACUCCGGCCGUGGGGAUGCGUGCUGCAGCUGCUGGGUGCGCCCGGUGCGGCGUCGGCGUGGACGGCUGCCUCGGCUGCGAUUUCGCCGCCGAGGCGAUGGCUGGCUCCAGCAGCGAGGGGGAAGGGUACUCCGCCGCGAGCUUCGUAAAGGAUGGCGGCGUGGGGAAGAUCACGCGAAGGAGGAGAGGGAGAAAGUUCAGGGGCGUGCGUCGGCGGCCGUGGGGCACAUGGGCGGCGGAGCUCCGCGACUCACACCGCGCCGUGCACAAAUGGCUCGGCACCUUUGACACCGCCGUCGAGGCUGCGCGCGCCUACGACGCCGCGGCUCUCGAGUUCCACGGCCACCACGCCAGGCUCAACUUCCCGACCACGGACGCGCCAUCGUGGGCAUCGACAUCGACAUCUGGCUCAUCCACUACGCUGCCGCAUCAGCAGCACUUGCCUGAGAGUAUUCACGAGAACUGCAGGUCAAAAGCGUCAUCGUCAGCGUACAUGCCGUAGCUACCGGAGCCUGGAAGGCCGGUGGCGAGGGAGGAGGAGAUCUGGGAUGGGUUACAGAGAUUAUGAUGAUGGAUGGUACCUACUUCUUGGUUACGAACCUCCAUGAAUAAUGCAUUCAGUGUUGCUAAAUGUCAGGAUACUGGAGAGAUCUUGCAAAUUAUUAUUUUCAGAUUUUUUUUCUUUCUUACAUUUAUCACUUGACUGAGACUUAGUUAAGUUUUAGUCGACUGAGACAUAGCCAUACACUAAUGCAUUAUAAUUGAUCAAUUCCAACACUGAAUCGUAUAUAGAUACCUUGAAUCAUGAUACUUAAGAGCA